GCCUGCUUCCCUUCACUAUAUAAAGCAGCAGAACUGUUGAGGAGCAGAUAUUUGCAGUGUGAGGACGAUGCGAGCAGCAGCCAUCUCCAAGCCAAGGUUAGACAAAAUGCCAGGAAUGUUCUUCUCUGCUAGCCCAAAGGAGUUGAAAGGAGCUGGCCAUUUAUUUCUAGACAACAGAACUCAGGAAAAGAAGCCAAAGACCUUUGGAAUGGAUGUGAAAACAUACCUGAGAUCUAUGAUCCCACAUCUUGAGUCUGGAAUGAAAUCAUCCAAGUCUAAGGACAUACUUUCUGCUGAUGAAGUAAUACAGUGGUCUCAAUCCCUAGAAAAACUUUUAGCAAACAAAACUGGUCAAGAUGUCUUUGGAAAUUUUCUGAAGUCUGAAUUCAGUGAGGAGAAUAUUGAGUUCUGGCUGGCUUGUGAAGACUAUAAGAAAACAGAGACUGAUCUUUUGCACUCUAAAGCACAAAAAAUCUAUAAAGCAUUUGUUCACUCAGACGCUGCUAAGCAAAUCAAUAUUGACUUUCACACUCGAGAAUCUACAGCCAAGAAGAUUAAGGUGCCAACCCCAACAUGUUUCGACGAAGCCCAAAAAAUCAUAUACACUCUUAUGGAAAAAGACUCCUAUCCCAGGUUCCUCAAGUCACAUAUUUACUUAAACCUUUUAAAUGACCUUCAGGCUAAUAGCCUUAAGUGA